CGCUAGUUAUAACCCUUCAAAUAUAAAGAUGCGUUGGGGAAUCGUUUGUUUGAUGGCCAUCGUUCAUUCUGUUUAUGCCACGUCGGCAGUUGAGCUUACAAACGAACCGAUGCGGUUCUUGUGGGUUGCAACAACCACAACAACAUCAACUGUUUCGACUAGCACUACCUGUACCACCUCAACCGCUGCCCUGACUACGUGCACCAUCGGCCGCCGUCGUCGUGGCCUUUUCUACGACGAAGUCCAGUCUGCCGUGGGCCGCCAACGACGUGGGCUGUUUUACAACGACGAGCAAGUGGAGAACAAGGACGGCACCAUCUUCCUGCCUUCCGAGAAAAAGUCCUCCUCAGCUGAUCCAGUUGCGGAAGUUGUUCCGGCCGACAAAUCUUCGGCGACAGUUCCUUUGGUCAUCGAAUCCGGUUUUGCGGCGCCAGCCGGAGGACCUGUCCGCUUCCUGUUGUCUUUCGCCCAGUCGACUGUCACGAGUUACACGACAACGACGACGACGACGAGCCUCACCGCCUUUUGUAGCAGCACAACCGGAUGGCCACUCUGCGGCAAUUUCGGAAAAUAAACAUCUCAUUGUAAAGCCGUCUUCUUCCUUUCCCUUGUUUGUCUCGAGUUUACUCAAAUAGUAUGACUAAAUUUUUGGGUUUUUCUUUUAAAGAGAAAGCAUUUGCAAUGCGCUGUUUCGUGUUACUGUUUUAUUCGUGCG